CGGCGGUCGGCGGCGGGCACCGGCUGCGCGAGCAGGUACCGGCGGCGGAGGUGGCGAGGCCGCCCCCGGGGGGCGAGCGGGCAGGCGGGGACUCGGCCCGCCCCGCCCCUGGGCUGCGCGGGGCGCUCGCGCUAGGCGGUCUCCUCGAACCGCGGCCACAGCCCCGGCGAGCCGGCUGUCCCAGCCCCGCCAGCCCGGGCCCUACCUGCGGCCGCCGUCGGGGGGGUUCCUCCCAGCUCUGCGGAGGCGCAUGAACAAUAGGCGGCGGCGGCUCCUGCGGGCGGCGGCGGCCCCGCACCCUAUGGAUCGGCCGCUCCAUGGAGCCCUCCAGAGCGCUUCUCGGCUGCCUGACGAGCGCCGCCGCUGCCGCCCCGCCGGGGGAGGAUGGAGCCGGGGCCGGGGCCGAGGAGGAGGAAGAGGAGGAGGAGGAGGCGGCGGCGGCAGCGGCGGGCCCCGGGGAGAUGCGCUGCGACGCGCCGCGCCCUACUGGACGGCCGUGUUCGAGUACGAGGCGGCGGGCGAGGACGAGCUGACCCUGCGGCUGGGCGACGUGGUGGAGGUGCUGUCCAAGGACUCGCAGGUGUCCGGCGACGAGGGAUGGUGGACCGGGCAGCUGAACCAGCGGGUGGGCAUCUUCCCCAGCAACUACGUGACCCCGCGCAGCGCCUUCUCCAGCCGCUGCCAGCCCGGCGGCGAGGACCCCAGUUGCUACCCGCCUAUUCAAUUGUUAGAGAUUGAUUUUGCGGAGCUAACCUUGGAAGAGAUUAUUGGCAUCGGGGGCUUUGGGAAGGUCUAUCGUGCUUUCUGGAUAGGGGAUGAGGUUGCUGUGAAAGCAGCUCGCCACGACCCUGAUGAGGACAUCAGCCAGACCAUAGAGAAUGUUCGCCAAGAGGCCAAGCUUUUCGCCAUGCUGAAGCACCCCAACAUCAUUGCCCUAAGAGGGGUAUGUCUGAAGGAACCCAACCUCUGCUUGGUUAUGGAGUUUGCUCGUGGAGGACCUUUGAAUAGAGUGUUAUCUGGGAAAAGGAUUCCCCCAGACAUCCUGGUGAACUGGGCUGUGCAGAUUGCCAGAGGGAUGAACUACUUACAUGAUGAGGCAAUUGUUCCUAUCAUCCACCGCGACCUUAAGUCCAGCAACAUAUUGAUCCUCCAGAAGGUGGAGAAUGGAGACCUGAGCAACAAGAUUCUGAAGAUCACUGAUUUUGGCCUGGCUCGAGAAUGGCACCGAACCACCAAGAUGAGUGCAGCAGGGACGUACGCUUGGAUGGCACCUGAAGUCAUCCGGGCCUCCAUGUUUUCCAAAGGCAGUGACGUGUGGAGCUAUGGGGUGCUGCUUUGGGAGUUGCUGACUGGUGAGGUGCCCUUUCGAGGCAUUGAUGGCUUAGCAGUUGCCUAUGGAGUGGCCAUGAACAAACUUGCCCUUCCUAUUCCUUCUACAUGCCCAGAACCUUUUGCCAAACUCAUGGAAGACUGCUGGAACCCUGAUCCCCACUCACGACCAUCUUUCACGAAUAUCCUGGACCAGCUAACCACCAUAGAGGAGUCUGGUUUCUUUGAAAUGCCCAAGGACUCCUUCCACUGCCUGCAGGAUGACUGGAAACAUGAGAUUCAGGAGAUGUUUGACCAACUCAGGGCCAAAGAAAAGGAACUUCGCACCUGGGAGGAGGAGCUGACCCGGGCUGCACUGCAGCAGAAGAACCAGGAGGAACUGCUGCGGCGUCGGGAGCAGGAGCUGGCCGAGCGGGAGAUUGACAUCCUGGAACGGGAGCUCAACAUCAUUAUCCACCAGCUGUGCCAGGAGAAGCCCCGGGUGAAGAAACGCAAGGGCAAGUUCAGGAAGAGCCGGCUGAAGCUCAAGGACGGCAACCGCAUCAGCCUUCCUUCCGAUUUCCAGCACAAGUUCACAGUGCAGGCCUCCCCAACCAUGGAUAAAAGGAAGAGUCUUAUCAACAGCCGCUCCAGUCCUCCUGCAAGUCCCACCAUCAUUCCUCGUCUUCGAGCCAUCCAGUGUGAGACUGUUUCCCAAAUUAGCUGGGGCCAGAACACACAGGGGCACCUGUCCCCUGCUCUGUCCAGCCACCGACUGGUCCAGGCUUGCUCCAUCCAUAACUUCUGCCACCUCUCCUCGACAAUGUGUAUAUACAUGCACAUAUUGACACCAGGUGAAAGCAGCAAAACCUGGGGCAGGAGCUCAGUCAUCCCAAAGGAGGAAGGGGAGGAGGAGGAGAAGAGGGCUCCAAAGAAGAAGGGGCGGACGUGGGGGCCAGGGACGCUUGGUCAGAAGGAGCUUGCCUCAGGAGAUGAAGGCCUCAAGUCCCUGGUAGAUGGAUAUAAGCAGUGGUCAUCCAGUGCCCCCAACCUGGUGAAGGGCCCGAGGAGUAGCCCGGCCCUGCCAGGGUUCACCAGCCUUAUGGAGAUGGAGGAUGAGGACAGUGAAGGCCCAGGGAGUGAAGACAGUCGUCUACAGCAUUCACCCAACCAGUCCUACCUCUGUAUCCCAUUCCCUCGUGGAGAGGAUGGGGAUGGCCCCUCCAGUGAUGGAAUCCAUGAGGAGCCCACCCCAGUCAACUCGGCCACCAGUACCCCUCAGCUGACACCAACCAACAGCCUCAAGCGGGGUGGUGCUCACCACCGCCGCUGCGAGGUGGCUCUGCUCGGCUGUGGAGCCGUUCUGGCAGCCACAGGGCUAGGGUUUGACUUGCUGGAAGCUGGCAAGUGCCAGCUGCUUCCUGUGGAGGAGCCUGAGCCACCAGCCCGGGAGGAGAAGAAAAGACGGGAGGGUCUUUUUCAGAGGUCCAGCCGUCCUCGUCGGAGCACCAGCCCCCCAUCCCGAAAACUCUUCAAGAAGGAAGAACCCAUGCUAUUGCUAGGAGACCCCUCUGCCUCCCUGACGCUGCUCUCCCUCUCCUCCAUCUCCGAGUGCAACUCCACACGCUCCCUGCUGCGCUCCGACAGCGAUGAAAUCGUCGUGUAUGAGAUGCCAGUCAGCCCAGUAGAGGCCCCUCCCCUGACCCCGUGUACCCACAACCCCCUGGUCAAUGUCCGAGUGGAGCGCUUCAAACAAGAUCCUAACCAAUCUCUGACUCCCACCCAUGUCACCCUCACCGCCCCCUCGCAGCCCAGCAGUCACCGGCGGACUCCUUCUGAUGGGGCCCUUAAGCCAGUGGCCCUCCUAGCCAGCAGGAGCCCCUCCAGCAAUGGGUUGAGCCCCAGUCCUGGAGCAGGAAUGUUGAAAACUCCCAGUCCCAGCCGAGACCCAGGUGAAUUCCCCCGUCUCCCUGACCCCAAUGUGGUCUUCCCCCCAACCCCAAGGCGCUGGAACACUCAGCAGGACUCUACCUUGGAGAGACCCAAGACUCUGGAGUUUCUGCCUCGGCCGCGCCCUUCUGCCAACCGGCAACGGCUGGACCCUUGGUGGUUUGUGUCCCCCAGCCACGCCCGCAGCACCUCCCCAGCCAACAGCUCCAGCACAGAGACGCCCAGCAACCUGGACUCCUGCUUUGCUAGCAGUAGCAGCACUGUGGAGGAGCGGCCUGGACUUCCAGCCCUGCUCCCGUUCCAGGCGGGGCCACUGCCCCCUGCCGAGCGGACGCUCCUGGACCUGGACGCAGAGGGGCAGAGUCAGGACAGCACUGUGCCGCUAUGCAGAGCAGAACUGAACACACACAGGCCUGCCCCUUACGAGAUCCAGCAGGAGUUCUGGUCUUAGCAUGAAAAGGAUCAGGGUGGGCAAGGGGGACAGCCGGAGGAGACGGGGGGAGCUGGCGGGCAUAGCCCUUUCUCAGUGUUGGACCCCCUGAGAUCCAGCCCUACUUCUUGCACUGAUAAUGCACUUUGAAGAUGGAAGGGACAGGGCCACUUCAGAGGGUCUCCUGCCCUGCAGGGUCUUUCUGCCCAUGUCCACUGGAGGGGCUGUGGCCAUCAGUUCUGGCUGUGUAGGGGAGGGAGGGGUGCAUGCAUGUCCCCCACCCUCCACAGUCUUCCUUGCCUUUAGAGUGACCCUGCAGAGUCACUCAGCCAAAUCUGUCUGCUGCUCCCUCUCCUCAGCCAGUUGGGUGUGCAAAGAGCUGUCCUGGGGUCCCUUUGUUAGCCCUGAGUUUGGCUUCCCAAACACCAGUAUUGAAUGUUCUGUGAUUGAUUUUGCUCCUCCUCCGCUCUCCCCCAACACCCGGCUAUCGGAAUCUGGCUUGGUUCGAGAUGGGAGCUUUUCUGUGUCCUAAGCCUUUUCAUGCUAGCAGGAAGACUGAAAGCGAGGUGGCCCAGUGUGGGGUCAUAGGGCUUGACAGACCUGGCACUACAUAUCUUCAUUUCAGGUGCCCCACCUAUUUAUGUGAGCCCACAGGUGGAAAGGGGAACUGCCCCAGUGAGAACAGGGGCAUGGGGGUGUUGGGAAAAAUACAGUGAAGUUGCAGUGAAAAGGUUAAUGGAGCAUGUCCUUAUUCUUUUUGGAAACACUCGAAAGGCAAACCAGCAACUGUUGAAGGUACCCAUUUACCUGCUUGGGGUCAGGACCUGGUCAGACCAGGUUCAGAUGCAAUCAUAUGCUCAUCCCAGGACUAGUUUCUUGGGGGACUCACUCACUGGUGCCAGUUCUAAGUCAGAGACAAAAUUCCUGUUCCUUUUUUUGUCUAAACUAUGUGUUAUUCCCUUCCUUUGGUCUUCACUCUAAUCCCUGGAGUUGUGGGCUUUCGGUUAUGUGUUUGGUUAGUAGAUAUCACGCAGUGCCCCAGAAUAACAUACGAAGGUGGGCCCUGGGCACUGAGAGUUGGGAAUUCACUCUCAAUUGGGCCGUCCAUGUUGUGAUGCCCUUGAAGUGAAAUGGAGCCAGCAGGAGUACCUUCUGUAAAUGCAUGUGGCAAAGUGCUAUUUAUAGGGUGCCCAGGGAGCCACUGAUAUACAAUCACCUCUAGGUCCCUCAUACUGGAAACUGACCAAGGCCUGUGCUGGGCUCUGGACACGAGCUGGGUAGGAAGGAUAGCAGAAGACAACCCUGACCUUUCUGGAAGUUGUUUCCUUAACUUGAAAGUUGAGCUUCCUCUAAAGCUUUCUCACGGACGUCCUCACCAUGCCACUACUCUGAGGCCUCUUGUGUUACGUAUGAACAGUCGUUUUUAUGUGGAAAUGAUGACUUGAUUGGGAGUAGAGUCUCAAGGUCAUUCCCGUCUUCCCUGGAGACUCUCUGAAUGCUGCUCCACUGUCUUUUGUCUUGGAGUAUUUCUCUGGCAACGUUGGAGGUCACUCAGCAGGUUCCUUGCAUUUGCUGCCUGGAUGUGCAGCUGGCAACUGUGAUGAAUUGGUCGCUGCGCUUUCUCUAUAACGAGGAGAGAUGUCCUGCCUUGGGGUUGAUGAAAGGGGUGACCUUGGUUUUCAUUGUUCCUUGCUUUAUGAGCCCAUUAGCACUUUGGUUCAAGGGGCCCACCAAGUCUUGGACGGGGAGGCGCUACUGGUUUUGUUGGCCAAGGUUUUGUUACCGCUUCUCCUCUCUGUCCUUCUCUUUGUUCAGUGAAACCAAGAUGCAAAGGAUUGUUUUUUGCCCCCAUUCUCCUACUCCUGGGCUAGGAGGGAAAAAUGUGAAUUUUACCAGAAGUUCUAGCCCACCUAGUGAUCCUUCUUAAGUCUUGAUGGGGAGAAGAACAUAAAAAGUCUGUUCUGUGCCCUCCUUCCCCUGGGCCCUCCAUAACCCCAGUCUAAGCCACGGACACAUCUGUGUAUACUAGGCUCCACUAAAUAGCCCUCUUGCGGCCCUCCAAACCAUGCUGGCUGUACACAGUGCUUUAUGGUCUGAGGCAGAGAUUUUUCCUUUGCUCAUUUUUAACUUUUGCCAUUGUGUUAGGUUGCAGCCAUCUUUCCUGGAAAGAUGUAGGUAACUGAUGUAGUGUAGAUUGAAUGAUGGCCACCCGCCAUCGAGUGAGAGGUUGAAUGCCAUCCUUACUUGUCCACUGUGGGGAAAGACAAAGGAAGGCUGGGCCUUUGCUAAGGAAAUAAUUGUACCUGAAAGAAGCAAAAGCAGGGUUAUCUAACGAUGCUGCUGUGAGCAUCCACGAAGAGGAAACAGUUACCAUCUCGCAACUCCUACACACCUGGCCUCUGAUGUGCCCCUGACUGCCACCCUCUCUCUGUGGGGCAAGGCUGGAGACAGGCUGAGGAUCUGUAUAGCAGCAGGUCUCAGUGGCUUUCUACUCACUAGGGUUCCCAUGCUCUGUGGUCCUUGUCAGGAGCAGGCCCUGGAGCUGUGGAUGAAGCCACUUGAGUGGCAGUAGCUGGCCCUGGCUUCUCCUGCCUUCCCUUUGCACAAAGACAUAUUCCUUCUGCUCUUGGAAGGUGCUCACUACCUGGAAGAUGGUGAUAGGAACAGAUACUGCUCUCUGCCCCUGCUCCUUGGAUCCUUCAGCUCCUACCACUGAUUCGGAUUAUCCCCUGGGGACCCCCUUGGGGAUCCAGACUGCUGCCAGGAGGUUGAGUAGAUACCUCAGUUAUCUGGAUGUUAUUUCUGAGAGGCUUUGGUGGAUACCCUUCACUUGGCAUCCUGUGGCAUCCCUAGGGUCUUCUGGUAACAAUAAUAGCAACAAUGGUAUCUUACAUUUGGGACAACUCAGAAUAGUGCUAACUUUUCCUCCUGACCUUUGCAAAAUGACAUCAUUUUCCCUGUACAUUUGAUACACUUGCUAGUAGAGAAGCAGAAAUGCUUAAAGAUGAAAAUUCAAGUGAAGAGAAAUUAAAAAGUGGCUUGGACUAAUUGCUGAGUGGGGCCACCGGGCUCUGAGAACUGAACAGGUUGGCUGCAUUCCCCAUUCUGCUUUUGCUGUGUGGCCAUAGGCUUGUCUCUUUAGCCCCUCUCAGAUUUCCUUCCUUUAAAAGCAGUCAUCACAUGCUUCCCUCUCAAGGGCGUUGGGUGUAUGUAUCAGAGAAGGUCAGUGAAGCACCGCAGCUCCUUGCCAGCUCCUAGAGGGAGCUUGCUUCAUCUCUACAGGGUGAGUUGCUGAAGUUGAGACCUUUGCCUGGAGGGAACUUGCCUUUUGUCCUUUGGCUUCUAGAAGAGGAGUGAUUUGGAGGUGGCUGAGCAUGACUAAUGGGGGCCCAUCAGGCCCAUACCCUUCUGCUGCAUUUAUGUAGCACCUGGUGUUGACAAGCAUUCCUCCUGAUUCCCCCACUUAACUUGUCGGACACAGUCUGCCAAUGUCAUCCUCACCAUUUGUGUCUUACAGAGAAGGAAAUGGGAGAGGAAGGUUGGUAGCAAUGUCAGAGUGACAGUUGGCUGUCUCUGAUUUCUUGGGGUCAUCAGUCUGAUUUGUUUAGAGCCUGGAAUCAUCCCAAUUCCUGGAAGAAUCUUUGGAAAAGUGUCCCCUUGUCCUUAGGGACAUAUGUCAUGGUCACUAAGACCCCUUUCCCUCAGGCUGCUGUUGCUCAGAGACACAAUGAGCAACAUCUAGAUGUCCUAGAUACCCCUAGGACAUCUAGACCUGACUUUUCAGGAACUGUUUUGCCUCUGUGGUCUCCGCAUUGGAGUCCUCCCUGCCUUCUCCUUCCCCUGUGUGAAGGAAACACCUCCCUAACCAUCCUAACUCAUCCAGCUCACUUUUAACAAAGCAAAGAGCAGAGGGCACUGAAGACUGGAUGGUUGUGAAGGCACACCUUGGGUUGGAAACCGUGCUGGCAGGAACCUGGUGAUUAGAGCUGCCUGCUUCCUGGGUGUGUGAAUUUGCACAUCUUUUUCCCUCUCUGGGCUUUAAAAGCCUUCUGUGAGCUGGGGACGAUACUAUCUACUUUCCCUCCCGAAGCCCUUCUAACUUUAAAAUGUAUGGUCCUGGAGCUCUGAGACCUGCACAGAAACUGCAGCCUUGCUAGAUGGCUUCCCUUGUGCAGAGAAGUGUGCGUGUGUAUGAAAUAUAUGUACAGUUUUAUGUUAAAAACCGUCGAAUAUCAGCUGUUUCGUAUGGAUUAACCUAAGGUACCUGCCUCUCUCUUUGGCUUUAGGUCUGAGAAUGACUUGUCUUUGUCAAGGUAUGCUAUUGUUAGAAACACAUUACCAAAUGCAUCUCUUCUUUCAGAUCAGCAUAUUCCUAGACUAGGAAUUCAUAUUAAUGAAAAUUCACAUAUGAAAGGAAAACCCAUUGCUAUUUCUGGGGAGGACCUCAGUCCUGGGCUUUCCCCUGAUAUUGCUACCUGGAUGGCAGGAGGAGGAAGUGGAAAUCCUGCUGAUUAAGGCUAAGUAACAGGGUUUAGGUGCCUAAUUAGCAUGACCCAGCCCGGGACUUCCAGUUGGCUAUGCAGGCCAGGUGAGUCUCUUACGGACUUCCUCUCAGACUGCUGUUUCUCAUUUUGUCCUGAUGAGAUAUUGAUGGUCAUGUCCACACCCUUCCUCAUCCUUUUCCCUUCUUGGGCCCUAAAACUACCUUGGCCUCUCUAGGCUGUUCAGGGAAUCCUGGCUUGCGCGGCAGCAUGUUGGGCUCACUCUGUGAUCAGCAGCCAGUAGGACUGGUCCUUCCUGAUUCUUACUGCCUGUGGUUCCCCAACCCCUGCAAGCCUGCUUUGGGCCUUGAGCUGGAAAGAGAAGAGCCCUGGGGGCCAGCUGGUUCUGGGAGCUGAGCUUUUCCACACCUCUUUGUUAACCCUUGGAAACAGACCCGCCUUUCCCCGACCCAUCUUCCUACCUGUCUUGUCUGACCUGCCCUCCUUGAAGGCACUCACCACCUAGUUUUACUAGGCUGAUUGGCAGGUGUGGACAUGAUAGGUGUCUAACUAGUUAGGUGUCUCAGGAUGGGACACCAGAAUACAAUUCCAGGUGUGCACAGACAGGCCUCUGCUAGUGGGACAUGUAGGGUAGGUGUGUGGGCAUUCUGAACCCAAUGGUCAGAGUAGCCACAAGCGGAGCCCUGGGGAGCGAAGGUCCCAGGGACAUGGUGUUCCUUGCCCUGCGCUCACAAAGUCCAAGGCUAGGUUUCUGAAGUAGUAUGCCGCCGUUCCUGAGAUCCUUCACACCUGGACACGUACCCAGACAAAGCCUGACUGAAAAUUUUGAUACUGCAUUCAUCAUGGAAUUUUUCAAUAACUCUGAUUUUUUUAAAAAAAUUGCAUUGCAAUAUGGUUUAUCAUGAUUACUGAAGUUCUUUUUCUUUUUUUGGUGCCCCCUUACAUUUUGCACCAAAGGCGAGGGCCUCACUCUACUCUAGACGCAGUUCUGCCUGCCCCUCACCUGGACCUGUGAGAGGGACUUAAGUACCACUGUGAAAUAGGUUUCAUGUUUUGUUCUUACCCUUCCCCUCAAGUCCUGAGUGAGACAGCAGCUCUCUGGGAGUGCUUGAGUUUAAAUAGGAGUGUAGACUUAUAGCAGAGUUUUUAACUUUGGAUCUACACCUGGGUGUGACAUUUCCUUGGUGUUCUCUGCCUGCCUUUCCAGCUCUUUGCAGCCCUGAGGACACUUGUGGGAGUGUGUGCGCUCUGCAGAGAAAGGAAGUGAUUAGGGCAGAGAGGCCCCUUUAGAUUCUCAUCUUAAACCUCUUUGGAACAUCUUUGAAUUCUAGGAGAAGUGAAUAAACUUCAUUCAUUCUCUCUUCCAGAUUUCAGAAGAGACUGAAGCAAAUGGAGGCUUUUUCACUCCCUGGCAUGCCAGGAGCCACUCUCCCUAGCUCUGUGCCUACACAAUGAGUCUUCAGAAUUUGGCUCGUCACAUCCUCUGCUAGUAUCAUUUCCACCACCCUCAUCAUCCUCUGUCAUCUUUAUUUCAUCCUCAUCAUUUCUCUCUACCUCCAGUUCAGAAGCCAUGCUGGCUGUAGCUCUUUUCUUCAUCACCAUCAGAGUGAGGCAUAGAUGUAUCCCGGCCUAGGUAUGGAGACUAGUAAUAAAUGAUAAGAAAUAAUUAAACUUUUUCCACGUGGGGAGUGUUAUUCUAGCAAUUCAUAUAUAUAUAUAUAUAAUUUUUGACUCCUUACAAUAAUUCUGGGAGAUGGAUUUACCCCCAUCUAAGGAUGUGGAAACCGAGGCUCUGAUAGUUGUGUGAUUUGCCCAGGGUCACACAGCAAGGAAGCAAGUUGCUGAUCUGCUUUGUUCCAAAGCCAUCUCUGUUUUUCCUCUGAGCACAUUUCUAAGCCACUGCUAAGGCGCUCUGAGAUAAAGUUGGCCUAGCUCAGGUCCACCUAGGUUUUGAGAUUGCCCUUUGCCCAAGGAGGAAUUGUGUCCUUGGCUCGCCUGUCAUCUGCCUGUGAUUGGACUUGCACCCAGGCUGGAGUGCAGGUCUCAGCUGACAUCCUCGAUGCUGCUGGCUGCCUUCCUCUCCCUGUUGCCUCUCCAGUGACUCCAGGGGUUUGAAGCACACGGGAGUUGGACAUACCAAUUCUGUAGCUCUUCUCCAAACACCACUGAAGGCUGUGAGCCUCUCUCCUGUUUCCAGCCCGCAGGUGCCCCACUGUGGCUCUUCAUUCCAGCUUCUCACUUUUCUCCUAGUCUCUUGAGCUUGGAAGCCUUACUGUAGCUCGUGUCUCCUCCCUGGGCGUUUGAAGUCAGGCUUUUGCCUUUCUGGCACAUUGAGCCACAUGCCCUUGAUAACCAGUUGUGGCAAAGAAGGGAGGUGAUGAACUUGCUCAUUUUCUUGUCUGAUUUCCCUCACCUCACUUCUUAUCCUGCACAUUGACUCACAACCACUCCCCCACCCCCGACCCCCAGAUAUCUUAUAGUCUAAGGCAAUCUUUUAGAGGAUUAAGGAAGGGAGUUGGAGAUGGGUUUUACUUAGUUCACAGAAAAGCUUUCUUUGGGAUUUUCCUCCCCCUUAGGGCUUUUAAGUCUAGGUGAAGUGAAAGUUCACGUAGGUGUUUGUUUGGUUCCUCUGUAAUUAGCUACGAGUUUUUAUCCCUAGACCUCCUCUGCUCCAGUGUCUUGCCCACGUAUCCUGCCCCGUGUCCUUGAAUUCCCAUUUUGCUUUGGGAUUUAAGUUAUUGUAUGUUGUCAACAAUAUUUAAAGAUGAAAAAGUCCUGAAGGAAACUUAUCAGAUUCUUUCCUUUGGCUUUUUUUUUUUUUUCUUUCACGGUACUGUAAAUUGUUAACUAGGGAUGCCAAGCAGGCUUGGUCCAGUGGCUAAACCUCUUAUUGUAUUACAGUGUAAUGCCGAUCUCAGCCUGGUCCCAAUGCCAGAGCACACAGAGACUUGAAUAAAACUGUUAUAACGAUUA